GCCGGGUUCCCCCGCCUUCGCCGCCGCCACCGCUGAGCCCGGACCCCCUCGGCCCGGCCGGGCACUACCGCCAUGACGAACGUGUACUCCUUGGACGGGAUUCUGGUGUUUGGUUUGCUCUUUGUUUGCACCUGUGCCUACUUCAAGAAAGUCCCUCGGCUCAAGACCUGGCUGCUUUCAGAGAAGAAGGGAGUUUGGGGUGUGUUUUACAAAGCCGCUGUGAUUGGAACCCGGCUGCAUGCUGCUGUUGCAAUUGCCUGCAUUGUAAUGGCCUUUUACGUCCUGUUCAUCAAAUGAAUUCCAAAGUACCCAGCUUAUCAACUGCCAACCAAGGGGAUAAAGAUGAAGAAGUUGUCGGAAACCUGGA